CGCUGCUCCCUGAACGCCUCCUGACCUUUUACCCGGGACAUUACGAGAGCCAGCCCUCGCGACUGUCAUGCGUGGAAGUUAACGGUACCGUGUGUGUGUGUCAGUGUGUGUGUGUGUGUUAGUGACAGCCCACUGCUCGUGACCCUGCUGGCACCGUUUACCGGAUCCGUUAACCGGUUAGAGGAGCAGCUCGCGAGUUAGCUCGCGGUCACAGUUAGCACCUAACAGCUAACGGCUAACAGCUAACGGCUAACUAACAGAAGAUGGAGGAGUUUCUGUCGAGCUGCCGCCGAGCCGUGCAGGUGGAUCAGCCAGGUGUCAGGCUCCACGUGGUUCUGGGGAACGAGGCCUGUGACCUGGACUCUAUGGCGUGUUCUCUCGCCUACGCCUACUUCCUGUCAAAGCAGGGUGACUCUGGGAUGCUGGCCGUCCCGGUAUUGAACAUGCGUCAGUGUGAGUUGGCUCUGCGUCCUGACAGCGUGUUCAUGCUGAGACAGCUGUCUCUGUCUCCAGACCUGCUGCUCUUCAGAGACCAGCUGGACCUGCGAGCGCUGCGGCGAGCCGGACGCCUGGUGCUCACGCUGGUCGACCACAACGUCCUGCCCAGCUCGGACAGCGAGCUGGAGGGCGCCGUGGUGGAGGUCAUCGACCAUCACCGGCUGGAGAGAGAGCCCUCCCCUUCCUGUGCUGUUACCGUGGAGACGGUGGGGUCAUGUGCCACGCUGAUAACGGAACGAAUCCUCCAAAAAGCUCCAGAGGUCCUGGACCUUCAGUCUGCUCAGCUGCUCUACGCAGCUGUAGUGCUGGACUGUGUGAACAUGGCUCCCUCUGCUGGUAAAGUGACUCCUAAAGACGAGGAGCUGGCAGCAGAUCUGGAGUCUCGUUUCCCCGCUCUGCCUCAGAGAGGAGAGCUCUUCAGGAGGCUGCAGGACGCCAAGUUUGAUGUCUCAGGUCUGACCACGGAGCAGAUGUUGAUGAAGGACAUGAAAGCUGUUUCAGGAAGUUUGAACGUGGCCGUCUCUGUCCUCUACGUCCCGCUGGAGGUCUUCCUACAGCGUGCGGCGUUGGAGGCGGAGCUCUCAGAUUUCUGUCUGAAGUUUGGCUACGACCUCCUGCUGCUGAUGACCAUCUCCUUCACUGAGAGCAGCGAGCCAAUCAGAGAGCUCGGUGUGUUCAGCCACAGCGGCGCCUGCCGGCGACAGGUGAGUGUCUACCUGGAACAGGCCCGUGACCCCGCCCUCAACCUCUGUCCAAUCAGCAGCCUGCAUCCUCACAUCACAGCCUAUCAGCAAGGAAACUCCGUGGCGUCUCGUAAGAAGCUCCUCCCCCUCGUUAAGGACUUCCUGGAGCAGCGGGACGGAGACGGUCGCCUGGGAGACGAGGAGGAAGAGGAGGAGUCUGGGUUCCCCCCCACCCCGAUGAACAGUCUGGUGGACGGCUGUCCUCUGGACGCCGGCCUGCCGCACAUCAGCGCUCGGGACCUGGAGGAGAAGUUCAGCCACAUGGCCAACUGACCUCUGACCUCUCACCUCUCACCUGACCUGUCACCUGACCUCUGACCUGUCACCUGACCUCUCACCUGUCACCUCUCACCUGUGAGUCAUCGUGGCGUCCGUCAGGGACACCUGAAGGUACC